GUUUCUUGAGCCAUAUUAGACAUAUCAGAACCCUUAGCCUUGCAUCCUUUUAUUUGGUGAGCAAGAGCGCGCGCGCUUGUGGUUAAUUUCUGUGAAAGAGUGCUUUGGGAAUCAAUUAUAUCAUAUGAUGCGGCAUGGUAGAGUUGUUGCAUGUGUUUUGGUGUUGUGGUGUUGGUGUGUUUUGAAUGGGGUAGUCUCGGCCAUUGACUAUAAAGAUGCGCUAGGCAAAUCUAUAUUGUUCUUCGAAGGCCAACGCUCCGGGAAGUUGCCAAACUCCCAGCGAGUAGUUUGGAGAGGAGACUCUGCACUUUCCGAUGGCCAGCUCGAAGGAGUGAAUCUGACCGGAGGAUACUACGACGCAGGCGACAACGUGAAGUUCGGGUGGCCAAUGGCAUAUAGUGUGAGCUUGUUGAGUUGGAGUCUCAUUGAGUACCAGCAGCAGAUAUCUUCAGCAAAGCAGCUUGCAUAUCUCCAAGGAGCAAUCCGCUGGGGCACAGAAUUCAUAAUAAAAGCUCACCCUUCGCCUACCACAUUCUAUACUCAGGUAGGAGAUGGAAAUGCGGAUCACCAGUGCUGGGAGCGUCCGGAAGACAUGGACACAUCAAGGAAGCUCUACAAGAUCACUUCGAGUUCUCCAGGCAGUGAGGCCGCAGCUGAGGCUGCUGCUGCCCUCGCUGCAGCCUCGAUUGUCUUUAAAACAGUUGACUCCACCUAUUCUGCGAAGCUCUUACGUUAUUCCAAAUCUCUGUUUGACUUGGCUGACAAGUAUAGAGGGUCUUACCAAGUCUCUUGCCCUUUCUACUGCUCCUACUCUGGCUACCAGGAUGAGCUGUUAUGGGCUGCGGCUUGGCUAUACAAGGCAAGUGGAAACAGAAGCUAUUUGAGUUAUGUGCUAAACAACCAAGGAUGGAGUCAGGCUAUGUCCGAGUUCAGUUGGGAUAACAAAUUUGUUGGAGCUCAGACUAUACUAGCCAAAGAAUACCAUGCCGGAAACACGAAUUUACUCAAGUACAAGACCGAUGCGGAGUCAUUUAUAUGUGCAGUGAUGCCAGGGAGUAGCUCUUCACAAGUUCAAAGAACACCUGGUGGACUUCUGUUCAUUAGAGAUAGUAGUAACUUGCAGUAUGUUACAAGCUCUACCUUGGUGCUCUUCAUCUACUCAAAAACAAUAAGUAGUACACAAACUCGUGGAGUUCAAUGCGGCUCCAUGUUUUUCUCUGCUGAGAAAAUCAAAGCCUUUGCUAAAUCUCAGGUGGACUACAUCCUUGGAGCCAACCCCAAGAAGAUGUCAUACAUGGUAGGUUUUGGUACCACAUACCCAACAAAAGUGCACCAUAGAGGUUCAUCCAUCCCUUCAAUCAAGAAAGUCCGCACCAAGGUGGACUGCAAUGGUGGCUAUACCUAUUACAAUUCUGGGAGUCCGAAUCCAAAUACUCAUGUGGGUGCAAUUGUUGGGGGUCCUGAUGUGAAUGACCAGUUCCAGAAUGCAAGAUCAGACUAUUCUCAUUCUGAACCUACAACUUAUAUCAAUGCAGCUUUUGUGGGAUCAGCAGCUGCUUUACUAGCUUAAGGGUAAAAGACAGAGCUGUCUGAUUCUUCCCACUUCGAUCAGGAACUCCUAGUUACAUGUAAAAAUAGUAACUAGUGAAACUAAAUAAAAAU